GAGUGAGGGACACAGUGCUGCCUGUAGCGUGAACAGGAGUCGUUUGGGGAAGAAAAGGAGAAAUUUCCAGGGGCAACUGCUCAGGGAGUGAGGGCUGGAGAAAGCUGCCUGUUGCGUGGCUGCGGCACAGAGCAAAGAGGAGAGAGAGGAGACGGGUCUGAAAACAGCUAAGGACGCGGCAUAUUGUCAGAGGAAGGGACAGGGGCGAGAGCAGAGCUAGUUCCAGAGGGAGCCUCGGAGGGAGCAGAAGGAUCCGCAGACGGAGUGAGGGAGGAGGGGUCCAGAGGCAGCGAGGCAAGGCCAGGUCCGGGCCAAGGCCGAGGGCGGCACCAUCACUGAGGGGAUGAACUUCGCAGUGGGUUUCAAGCCGCUGCUAGGGGAUGCACACAGCAUGGACAACCUGGAGAAGCAGCUCAUCUGCCCCAUCUGCCUGGAGAUGUUCUCCAAGCCGGUGGUGAUCCUGCCCUGCCAGCACAACCUGUGCCGCAAGUGCGCCAACGACGUCUUCCAGGCCUCGAACCCUCUGUGGCAAUCCCGGGGCUCCACCACCGUGUCUUCGGGAGGCCGUUUCCGCUGCCCAUCUUGCAGACAUGAGGUUGUCCUGGACCGACAUGGUGUCUACGGCCUGCAACGAAACCUGCUAGUGGAGAACAUCAUCGACAUUUACAAGCAGGAGUCUUCCCGUGAGCUCAGUGAUGGCAUCGCGAUGCUGGUGGCGGGCAAUGACCGUGUGCAAGCCGUGAUCACACAGAUGGAGGAGGUGUGCCAAACCAUCGAGGACAACAGUCGGAGGCAGAAGCAGCUGCUGAACCAGAGGUUCGAGACCCUGUGCGCGGUGCUGGAGGAGCGGAAGGGCGAGCUGCUGCAGGCGCUGGCCCGCGAGCAGGAGCAGAAGCUGCAGCGUGUCCGGGGCCUCAUCCGCCAGUACGGGGACCACCUGGAGGCCUCCUCCAAGCUCGUGGAGUCCGCCAUCCAGUCCAUGGAGGAGCCACAGAUGGCGCUCUACCUGCAGCAGGCCAAGGAGCUGAUCAAUAAGGUCGGGGCCAUGUCCAAGGUGGAGCUGGCGGGGCGGCCGGAGCCGGGCUACGAGAGCAUGGAGCAGUUCUCCGUGAGCGUGGAGCGUGCCGACAUGCUGAGGACCAUCGACUUCUAG